AUGCACUGGCCCAUGGUGUCCAGUCUGCCCGCCAUGACUGUGAACUCCUGAGGGAGCAGUUUGAGGAGGAGCAGGAGGCCAAGACAGAGCUGCAGCGUGGAAUGUCCAAGGCCAAAAGUGAGGUGGCUCAGUGGAGGUCCAAGUAUGAAACUGAUGCCAUCCAGCGAACAGAGGAGCUGGAGGAGUCCAAGAAGAAGCUGGCCCAGCGUUUGCAGGAGGUUGAGGAGGGUAUCGAGGCCACCAACUCCAAGUGCGCCUCCCUGGAGAAGACCAAGCAGAGACUGCAGGGAGAGGUGGAGGACGUCAUGGUUGAUAUGGAGAGAGCCAACGCAAUGGCCGCCAAUCUUGACAAGAAGCAGAGGAACUUCGACAAGAACACCAGCCUUCUUAAAAGCAAGAAGAAGCUGGAGACUGACCUUGCGCAGGUUCAGGUAGAGGAGGACGACAUCGUCCAGGAGGCCGAGAAUGCAGAGGAGAAGGCUAAGCAGGCCAUCACUGACACGAGUCCUUGA